GUAUAUACGUGUCACGUGCUUGGUGACGUUUCAUACAUCGCGGACCUUAAUUUGCCAUUUACAUCUUCCGAAAUAACCAGUAUGCCUCGAGCCGCUAAGCCCCCUGUGAAGGCUGCUUGCCUUCCAUGCCGAUCUUCAAAAACCCGUUGUGAUGGUCAUCAUCCCUGUGGUAUUUGUACAGGCAAGAAACGAGAUUGCCAUUACCAGCCCAGUCGCCGGGGUGGUCCUCGGAGAGGAGUCCGAUAUGAAGAGGCACAGCGCAAAUCGAACACAUCAAAUACUUCAAUCUCCGAUGUCACCGAGGAAUUUGAACCAUUUCUGGACAACAUGAUCGGCCUGGUAACCCCAUUUGCCGGUAUUCACAACCUGGAUCUAUCACCAGAGGCUCUGUCUGUUGGACAUGGAGCUCAGCAGAUCUGGGGCCAAUUAACUCCUCACGCGGACAGCGCUCUGGACUCGGCUACUCAAGCCGGGGCUGAAUCACCAAUGAUGCGCGCUUAUCAUUCCGAAGGAGACAUGUAUGUGCAAGAACAGUAUUCCAAGGUAGAGCAGAGGACUGACUCAAUGCACAGUAUCAAUGCCUACUACCUGUAUCUUCAUUCAUAUCUUCCGUUGCUACCGCCCUCGGUGGUGCCCCAAUAUGAAGAUCGGCCAACGGUUAUCCGGCCUUUUGGAGAAAUUUCCCAGGCAGAAAAGUCACAACUGCCAUAUUGGCCAGAGUCGUCGCUGGCACUGGCUUUAUCUGCUAUGUUGUCUCUAAUACCUGUUUCUGAGGAUCAACUACCAACAACCGAUGCGAGUCUCACGCUGAGGCGGUCAUAUGCUCAGCUCUUUGCUCAGACAGCAUUAGCUGCCGUUGAGAAAGAGAUCGACGAUCUAUCUCCUGGAUUGGGUGCAGUGCCUGAUACAGGUUCUUCUGAAGUGCGAAGCUCGUUGCAUCGUCGGCUGCCUGCUCAGCUUGAACCAAUCCUGGCUCUUGUUGUUCUUGGUGUCUAUGAGUAUAUCCAGCGUGGCAAUGUUUCCAGAAUUCGGGCUCGGGUCAAUCAGGCCAUUACAACGGCUAUGGAUAUAUCACUCCAUAGUCUCGAUGACACAAUGACCGAAUUUUCCGAGGCACAGAGACGAGUCUGGUGGAUUACGGUGUGUUGA